UCCCUGUUGACAAAACAAAAACAAAAACAAACAAACAAAAAAAAAAAGCAAAAAAAUGGCAAAGUUAGAGGAAACCCAGGAUUCCAUGUUAGUUAAAAAGCCAAUUCAUUUGAACACAGUAAAAUCUAAAAUUCAGACUUUUGACAUUACUUCACAGAAAUGCAGGAAAUUUUGUUUGGGGAUGAUGAAGCUUCAACAGCAUCCAGCAAAUUCUGCAUUUAGCCUGCCUGUUUGGUGGUCACUCCCCUGAACCCUUACUUUAUAUUAAAAUCACACACCAUAUAGUUAGAGGACAAGACUGAGUGGACAGAAAAUUGACUUGAAAAAAGAUGUUUUCCCAGAAUUCUUAAUAUGGAACGAGUCCAUUAAAGAACAUUAAAAAAAAUGCAAAAACAUGAAGACAAGUAAUAAUUAUUCUGUGUAACAGAACACACUCUAAACAGAUUGGAGAAAAGCAUAUGUAAUAUCAGUUGUCACCUUCUCUACGGAGUAGAAGUAACUUGCUUAUUUAAAAAUACUUUAAAUGUUCAUGGGGGAAAGUUCCCAAGACUACUCAAGAGAACUGUCUGAAACUAAACACUGGGUUUCUUCUACUUUAAAAGUUCUUUGUACCAUGCUCUGUAUUUUUCAAAUGAAAUAAAAGAACAGUUGUCAUAAAAUAACUUACCUUUGAAUAAAUUCAGGAUACACUUAAAGUACAACCUUUAAGAGGCAUCAGUCAUCACAUGCUAAGUUGGAAGUCAGGUCAGAGAGGUAGUGCUGAGGUAGACUGCAAAGCAGGGCAGCUAUGGGAAACCUAUGACACUGUAAAAACAAAAGCUAGAAGAAUUGAUUUACAAACUUUUCCCUGUUAAAAACAUGAUAGUAAUUGAGGUCAAUUAAACUGAUUUGAAUAUUAUGGUACAGAGUUGAGGACCACUGACUCAAUCCUCAGUAUAAUUAAAUUUUUUUACUGAAGCUGCUUGCAGGGAAGCCUCCAUUAAGCUACAUUGAAGAUGUGCUGCCCAGAAGGUGAAGGGAAGGGUUUUUAAAGAUGAAGACUACAAUUACCUUGUUUCUGUGGAAUUUAUAGCUGCCUGAGAAACUGUUUCAUUCCCAUUGCCAACAUGAAGAUCCGCCUCAUUCCCCUGCACACAGCAAUAAGCACAUUUACAGAAGCCAGAGCACGUGGUUAAUUAUCUCACAGCAGUUACACCAUUCUUGAGAGGGUGCACAAUGCUAGGAGCUCAUCUUUCAGGAAUUUAGGGCAGAGGGCACCUGGUAUAGAAUGAAGUUUCCUUAACUAUCACAAUUAUACAAUGUAUACAGAUAUAUGUUUUAUAAAUAUCACAUGGUACCCAUUAGAUACUUAUAAAUUAUUUGUUAUUUUUUAAAGAACUUACCUAGUUAGUAAUCAUAUGUUCACACUUUUAAAAUAAAUGGCCCUGACUAGGGAGACUGCAGUUAAAUCCCGUACACACAAGCAAGAGGACCGAAUUCAGAUUCCCAGGAUCUUUCCUGUAAUUCCAGCUUCAGAAGACUGAAAAAUAUCAUGCCCUGAGCAAACUGGCUAUCUAAACUGUGUAACUGCAAGCUCGGAAUUUGAUUGAGAGACCUUGCCUCAGAAGAUAAAGUGAAAGAUCAACUGGACAAGAUACCUGGGGCUGGAGAGAUGGUUAAGAGCGCUUGUUACUCUUUCAUAGAACCUAGGGUUCUGUUCUUGGCACCCAUGCAGUGGCUCAGCUCACAACCAUCCUUAACUCUAGGAGUAAAUGCAGAGAUCUAACACUCUCAUCUGGUGUUCAAGAGCACUACACACACAUGUUGUACAGACAUGUAUUCAGGCAAAAUACUCAUACGCAUAGAAUAAAAAUAACAUCUUUUAAAAUAAGAUUCCCAGUAUCAAUCUCAGGCCUCAAAUGUAAAUUUGUGCGCGCACACACACACACACACACACACACACACACACACACACACACAAGAUGUAUGCAUACAUAUUCAUGAACACAUAUGGCGAGACAGAGGCAGGAAGAUUCCUAGGGUUUGCUGGCUCAAUGAGUUUUAGAUUCAGUGAUUCUACCUCACAAAAUAAAUUGGAGAAUAUGGUGAUUCUCCACCUCUGUAUAUCAAUAGGGUGUGGCACUAUUAGGAGGAAUGGCAUUGUUGGGAUAAGUAUAGCUUUGUUAAGAGUUUUGAGAUCUCAGAAGCUCAAGCGAGGCCUAAUGGUUCACAGUCUCUUCUGCUGCCUGUGGACCCAGAUAUAGAACUCUCAGUUACUUCUCCAACACCACGUCUGCCUUCGUGCCAUGUUGCACCAUGACAAUAGUGGACUAAACUUCUGAACUGUAAGCCAGCCAGUUAAAUGUUAAUAUUGGUGCAUGCACCUGUGCAUGUAGGUGUGGGUACAUGCAUGAGUGUGCACGUGGUUGUGGAGGCCGGGGAGCCAGCAUCUGGUGUCUUCCUGUCUUGGGUGGGGUUUUAUUGCUAUAAACGGGGAGGCCAGUCUGAGGCAGCCUGGAUAAAAUGAGCCCUGCGGGUGCUGGCUGUGUGGUAACCCACAGCUGUGCUCCAGGUCUCUGUUUUUAGGACCUGGUGCUUUAUUUUUCAAGCUCCAGUUCUGAGCAAUGAUCACGUGGCCUACUAAUCUUUCCACCCUUCCUGAGUAGAGUGGCCUCCUUGUUUAAGAGCCACCAGGAUCAGCUCUAGCUGGUAAGCACACCCUAGAGCGCCUGGGGGAAGGAAUACAGAGCAACAUCAGGUAGGAGACAGCCCAUAGAGAAGCGCAACCCUGACUGGGGAGGAGCUCCACAGCCUGCGGAAGAGUGCCACACAAGCUGAGGAGUGCAGCAAAGCCGCAGAGGACUUGGCAGGACUGCAGCUUGAUGUGGAUGGAGUUAAGGUGCAACAGAAGAAACCCAGCAGACAAAGGCAGACAGUGGCGUGGAUAAGCCUGAUAUUCCUGGGCAGGAGCGCAACCCCAUUGUCCCAGCCCCUUGAGCUGAGGCCCCGCCUUACUGCCAGCGGAUUGGCCUAGCCAGCACCACCUUGAGUCACCCGCCUCCAGGAGCGGCCUGGCCACGCCCACCUGUUGUGUCGCCCAGCACACUUUAAUUUCAGGAUUGUUGCGUCUAUUCACUUAGCUCAAAAGCUGCUCUCUGGCGGCCUGGCGCUCAGUUUCCUCUUCAUUCUGGUAACAUGCCGGCGGCGCCUCUCGACCCCCCCCGCCGCAGGAGGAAGACCCACGCUUUCUGGUGGUGUUUCCUGGGCAUCUGCGCAGAGGCCCUUCUGUUCCUGCUGUCUACUUUAUCAGAUGCCUGUGAACUACCCCCAGCGUUUGCAGCUAUGGAACUCAAGGACGAGCCUAAACCCUACUACGAGGUUGGAGAGACAAUACAGUAUGGAUGUAAAAAGGGUUACGUUUAUCUGCUUCCGUUCUCCAUGGUCGCUACCUGUGAGCCGAAUCACACAUGGGUCCCUAUUUCAGAUGACGGUUGUGUUAAAGUAAAAUGUGCUAGAUUACAGGACCCUUCAUUUGGCCAAGUACACUACAUAGAUGGCAAAAUUUCAUGGGGUAGCCGAGCUCAAUUUUCUUGUGUGGAGGGUUAUUACUUAGUUGGCACGCCACUUCUACACUGUAUGCUUAAAGGUGAUGAAGCAUACUGGGACGGUCCUUCUCCACGCUGUGAAAAGAUCUAUUGUUUACCACCUCCAAAAAUAAAAAAUGGAACAUACACCUUUAAUGAUAUAGAUAUAUUCCAAUACCGUGAAGCGGUAAUUUACACUUGUGAUCCUAACCCAGGACCAGAUAAGUUUUCCCUUAUUGGAAUGAGUGUGCUAUUCUGUUCUGGCUACAAAACCUGGAGUAGCAAGCCUCCAGAGUGUAAAGUGGUAAAAUGUCCACUUCCAUUACUACCAAAUGGAAGACAGGUAGCAGGAUUUGCCAGAAGAUUUUCCUAUCAAUCAACAGUGACGUUUGAGUGCGAGGUCGGUUUUUAUAUGCAGGGCAGUGACACAGUGGUCUGCAGCGAUAGUAGCAUUUGGGAGCCUCCAAUCCCAGUAUGUCUUCAAGGUCCCUUGGAUAUUCAUCCCACCAAGCAUCCAGUUUACAAUUACCCAGGAUAUCCUAGUACUCGUGAAGGAAUAUUUGGCCAAGAAUUAGAUGCAUGGAUUAUUGCUCUGAUUGUUAUUACUUCAAUUGUUGGAGUUGUUGUAAUUAUUCUCAUCAUACUCAGAUAUCUUGAGUACAGGAAGAAAGGGAAUAAAAGUAAGCAUAGAAGUCACAAGAAAAAGUCAACCUCAACCAUACGAACACGGAAAUCCUCAUCAUUGCCACGAACCCCAAGAAGUGUUUUAUCUUCUGCCUCUAAAAUAACUGUAUCUACAACACGAUGAGAAGUCCCAUGUGUGGAAGUCAUUACUGUUCCAUUUUUUGAAAACUGGCUCUUCAAGUCUGGCAAAAGUAAAAUUAUAUAUUUGCAGGAGCUUCAUUUA